AUGGCGAGUAAAUGUGUGGGUGUAGGUGAUGAGACGAGGUGUCCAUGUCGUGCAUGUGGAAAUCGACUUUUUCAGCAUAUUGGCUUGGUGAAGCGUCACUUGUAUAUACAUGGAAUUGACCUUACAUACACCCGAUGGAUAUUUCAUGGGGAAGAAGAUCCGUGUAGGGUAAAUGUUACUGGCAACUUCCACUCUGUGCGUAUGAAUGCAACGAUAGAUGAGAUUGAUGAGGUUGAAGAAUUGUUAGGUGAUGUGCGUAUGGGGACAUUUUUGGAUGCUAACACAAGUGAAUCCUCUGCUGCUCAAGGUUCCAUUACCGACGAUCACGAACAUAGAACAUCUUUUGACCGAUUAUGUGUAGAUGGUCUAAGAGAACUUUAUCCAGGCUAUAAGAAAAUUUCAAAAAUCUCUUUCAUUUUGAAGAUGCUUCAUAUAAAGGCGAUUUGCAACAUGUCUAACAAGGCAUUCGAUAUGAUGAUUGACUUGAUAAAGGGGGCCCUUCCAGAUGAAGAGACAUUGCCACGCUCAUACAGAGAAGCAACACAGUUUACUCGAGACUUGGGUAUUGGUUAUGAGUUGAUACAUGCAUGCAAGAAUGAUUGUGUGCUUUUCUGGAAGGAACAUGCCGAUAAAGAUAAAUGCCCAAAAUGCGGCACUUCAAGAUGGAGUAGUGUCAAAUGUAGUGGCAAGAAAAUUCCUCAAAAAGUCUUGCGGUAUUUUUCAAUAAAACCGAGGUUACAACGGUUGUUUACGUCAAAAGAUAUACCUAAAGAAAUGAGGUGGCACAAAGAUGGGCGAGAAGAUGACGGCAACACUCUAAGACACCCAGCCGAUUCGAUUGUGUGGAAAGAGUUUGAUAAAGAACAUGAUUGGUUUGCUCGUGAUUCUUGCAACGUUCGACUUGGUUUGGCAAGUGAUGGUUUCAACCCAUUUGGUAAUAUGAGUACAUCAUAUAGUAUGUGGCCAGUAGUAUUAGUGCCAUACAAUUUACCUCCGUGGAGGUGUAUGAAGGCUCCAAAUCUGAUAUUGUCAUUACUUAUCCCUGGACCCACGGCACCCGGAAACGAGAUUGAUGUGUAUUUGCAGUCGUUGGUUGAUGAUUUGCAUGAAUUGUGGAAUGAAGGCAUAAGCACUUACGACGCGGCGACGAAAGAGACAUUUCAGUUGCAUGUGGCAUUACUAUGGACAAUAAAUGAUUUUCCCGCAUAUGGAAACUUGUCUGGGUGGUCUACCAAGGGAAGCCUUGCAUGUCCGGUAUGUAACAAGAAUACAACGUUCAAGAGAUUGAAGUAUGGACGUAAGACGUGUUACAUGGGUCAUUGUAGAUGGCUUCCUAGGGGCCAUGUAUGGCGCCGAAAAGGAAAAUUGUUCGAUGGUACUGAGGAGCAUAGAUUAGAACCUAAAGAAUUGUUCAAAGAUGAGUUGUUGCAACAACUAACACAUGUUACUGAGUCUAUAGUGGGACAAUAUGGGUAUAGUCCAGGUGAUUUGAUUUACUUUAGGGACCCUACCAAAGAUCUAGUGGAUGGUCUACAACUAGUAUCCUCGGAUUAUGAUGUAGCUUAUAUGGUUGCCAAACAUGUGGAUACUCCUAAUGUAGUCCUUUAUAUUGUUUCUUUCCAAAAUGAUAAAGGUGGGGAUGGGGAAGAUUUGGAAAAUAAUGAAGAGGGAGAUGAUGGAGGUAGGGUUGAUUUAAAUGAUCCAUGGUGGGAUGAUAAAAUCAGUGAUGAUGACGAUGUUUUUGAAGAUUAUCUGGUGGAUAGUGCUGGCCCCUCAAAAAUGCCAGAAACUGAUGAGGGCGUGGAGGGUGAUGGGGAGGAUGGGGAUGGGGAUGGAGAUGGUGGUGAUGGUACUGAGGUUGAAGGGUGGGGGUGA